AUGGUCCGCAUUAUACCCAGUCGAUUGAAACCACACACGUCGAAUUCCAAUUCCAAUUCCAAUUGCAAUUCUGCAGCAGCCAGCCGCGGCACUAGCCCAAUGAGGAGCAAAGGGGAUUCCGCAAGCCCCGAGAGGCAGAAGGACACUGGCCUGGCCCUCAGCAUCAUGAUAAUGCGGGCACGCAACCUGGCAGCAAAGGAUAGAGGCGGCACAUCCGACCCUUACCUCGUAUUGAGCCUUGGUGACUCGAAGCAUGUCACCCACGCCGUACCGAAGACGCUGCACCCCGUAUGGAACGAACAAUGCCACAUGCCUGUUGCCGGCGCCCAAAGCCUCAUCCUCGAUGUCUGCUGCUGGGACAAGGACAGGUUCGGGAAAGACUACCUCGGCGAGUUCGACCUCGCCCUGGAGGAGAUAUUUGCCAACGGACAGACGGAGCAAGAACCGAUGUGGUUCCCCCUAAAGAGCAAGAGGCCAGGCAAGAAGACCGGGGUCGUGUCUGGUGAGGUUCUCCUGCAGUUCACCCUUUGCGAUUUCUCAAACAGAGACGCCACGCCGCCGCAGGUAUAUGAGCGAUUCUCCGCCAUUGCGAGAUCCGUUCCCGCCGAGCCUUCCUCCCAAACCCCGACCCCAACCAUGACCCCCCUUAUCGCGCCUGUUCAACCCCCUGCUCAAGCGAAGGCCCCCGGCGCACCCACGCCUCCUACGCUCAGUCGUAGGACAACCGAUGACGACGAUGAUGAGGAUUACGACGUCUACGGAGAUGAAACUCCGGAAGACGAGGAUCCAACCAAACCCGAGGCUAUCGAGAAGAGGAAGAGAAGGCUGAGGAUCAGGGGCCUGAAGCGUAAGAAGAGGGACAACCCAUACGAGCUCACCAGUGGGGGGAGCGAUGUCGUCGGCAUCAUCUUCCUCGAGAUCUGCAACAUCACCGACUUGCCCCCGGAAUCCAAUUUCACAAAGACCAGCUUCGACAUGGAUCCGUUCGUCGUGGCGUCCCUCGGAAAGAAGACAUACCGCACCAAGACGAUCCGCCACAACCUCAAUCCCGUCUUCAACGAGAAGAUGAUCUUCCACGUCCUUAACCACGAACAAGCCUAUUCUUUUGUCUUCACUGUGAUUGACCACGACAAGUAUUCCGGCAACGAUUUUAUCGCGUCCGCCGCCCUGCCCAUCAAGGAACUCAUCGAGAAGUCUCCCAAGGCCGAUCCCGAGACCGGGUUGUAUAACCUACGGGACCCUCCGGAAUACGUCCCGGUCCAGCAGCGGCCCAGAUUUAUGAGGCUUGGCAUGUCACGGACGUCGUCAGCCCAGAGCUUAAGCAAGAUGAGCCGCCCCCCACUUUCCAAGAACGCUACGCCAACGUCGGUACCUACUUUAAACCCGUCCUCGUCCAACCCCUCACCCGCUGCGCCCUCUCAGCUUCCAGAAGAUGGCAACACCACCGCCGAUCCGACUCCCCAGGUUCCUAGUCCCGGAUUGUUGACCCCCGGCGACAACGCCUUGGCAGCUCCUCCUACGGCCGGGGAGCCCGCCGCGGCUGUCGAGGUGGACGAUCCAGGCUUCAACACGGUCGGCUUGCCACUCAAAAUGAAGAAUCUAGAAAAAUGGGAGGAUAAACACAACCCGCAGCUCGUUGUGCGGGCCAAAUACAUGCCGUAUCCCGCGCUGAGGCAACAGUUCUGGCGGGCAAUGCUAAAGCAGUACGAUACCGACGAGAGCGGCCGCAUCAGCAAGGUCGAGCUGAGCACCAUGCUCGACACUCUGGGUUCCACUCUCCGCGAAUCGACAAUCGACAGCUUCUUCCAGCGAUUCCCCCACAAGGCGGACAAUAAUGGGGACGAUAGCUGGGAUCUAUCCAUGGACGAGGCGGUACUCUGCCUGGAGGAUCAGCUAGAGACCAAACCCAAGCUUUCCACCGUGACCGAUCGGGUCAAGGGCAUGCUGCCCGAUGCCGAUAAGAUCAGGAAUCUCAUUCCGGGUGUUGGCACCAGUGCUGCCGCAGGCCCCAGCGCAAGCGCCACGAGCCCGAGCGAAGAUUCGAGCGAAUCCUCGCAAACUGGCCCCUCGACCAUUGCGGUGCCCGAGCUCAGCACCCCCGGCGAUGAAGGCGAGGUUGUGGACCGAGACGACCUCAACACCGGCAGUGGGGAGGAACAUGUUGUAGAAAUCCGCGAGUGUCCAAUCUGUCACCAGCCUCGCCUUAACAAACGUAAGGAUGCCGAUAUAAUCACCCACAUUGCCACCUGUGCCAGCCAGGACUGGCGCCAAGUAAAUAAUCUCAUGAUGGGCGGGUUCGUGACCGCCAGCCAGGCCCAGCGGAAGUGGUACUCCAAGAUCAUCACCAAGAUCUCGUACGGAGGCUACAAACUGGGCGCCAACUCGGCCAAUAUCCUCGUGCAAGACCGCAUCACCGGCCAGAUCAACGAGGAGAAGAUGAGCGUGUAUGUGAGGUUGGGUAUCCGGCUGCUGUACAAGGGCCUGAAGUCGAACAACAUGGAGAACAAGAGGAUCCGCAAGCUCCUCAAGGGCCUCAGCAUUAAGCAGGGCAAGAAGUUUGACGACCCGGCGUCCAAGUCGGAGAUCCAGAAGUUCAUCGAGUUCCACCGGCUCGACAUGUCUGAGGUCCUCUUGCCCGUCGAGGAGUUCAGGAACUUUAACGAAUUCUUCUACCGAGCACUCAAGCCGGGAGCCCGCCCGGCCUCGGCCCCCGACAACCCCCAUGUCAUCGUCUCGCCCGCCGAUUGCCGAUCUGUGGUAUUCAACCGCAUCGACGUGGCCACCAAGGUGUGGGUCAAGGGGCGCGAGUUCUCGGUCAAGAGACUGCUGGGGGAAGCGUAUCCGGAGGAUGUCAAACGGUACGACAACGGGGGUGCCCUGGGUAUUUUCCGGCUCGCCCCGCAGGAUUACCAUCGUUUCCACAUCCCCGUCGACGGCACCAUGCUCAAGCCGAAGCUGAUCGCGGGCAACUACUACACCGUCAAUCCCAUGGCCGUCCGGUCGGCCCUGGAUGUCUAUGGCGAGAACGUCAGAGUCAUUGUGCCCAUCGACAGCGUGGCGCACGGCCGGGUCAUGGUGAUUUGUGUCGGCGCCAUGAUGGUUGGCAGCACGGUCAUCACGAGGCAGGAAGGAGAGGAGGUGAAACGCGGAGAGGAGCUCGGCUACUUCAAGUUCGGCGGCAGCACCAUCGUCCUGCUCUUCGAGGAGGGGAGGAUGAAGUUUGACGACGACCUGGUGGACAAUUCGAACGGCGCCCUGGAGACUCUGAUCCGAGUAGGCAUGUCCGUUGGUCAUUCACCCCACAUCUCACAGCACGCGCCGGACAUGCGCAAGGAUGAGAAUGAGGUCACGGAGGAGGACAAGAGGGAGGCAAAGCGCAGGAUCCAAGGGAACAUAGCCGAGGAGUCGCCGGACGAGAGCGGCGGUGACGAUAUCACCCCGGUUACGUCGAGCGUGGCAGCUACUCAACUAGCGUCCUGA